CAUUAAUCAUGUAAAAAUUUAUCGUCUCAUAAAGUUCUGGGCCUCUUGGCCGAAGGUGGCUUUUAUUGAUAGAUAAAAUGAGACACCAUCAAUCUUACAACAUUUAAUUAGCUGAUAAUUCGCAAUCAAUUCCUUAAUACAUUAUUGUAGAACUCAACUCAAGAUACAAUUCAGUCACUCUAACAAUGGGUAAGGUAUAUUCCAGCAUAAAAUGAGGAUUAAGAACUAGAGAAGACUCUAGCGAAAAGAAUAACCAAUUGGUCCUGGCGAAUGCUGAAACUAGGCGCUUGAAGCUGCUUCUGUUCAGAAGAGGAUGAUAUGAAGAAACUUUCUUGUUCGGUUUAGUAAGCUGCUGCAAUCAUAAUCAGUACAAAAGGGUGACAUCCCACAAGCUCGCAUUCUAUCACCUCGAUUUCUUAAGUGUUGGUGGUAUCCAUGAGCUCAAAGAGAGAGAUUUCGGACCUAAGCAUAGUUGUAGAAAAGCGACCUACAUCAUUAGUGAUACACAAAAGUACAUAUUUUCUUUCAGUGGGGCUGCAAAUAUUUUAGUGAACUUUAGCUUUUAUUCCAGAAGUGCAUGCAAAGCCAUGAGUGCAACUUUAUGUUUACUCAAGCUAAAAAGACUCAGGAUAUCUCAUAAAGAUUUCGGAAGGAUCUUAGUCUCAGUGGUUUAUAAGUGUAGGCUACAUCUCAGAUUGUGCAAGGUUACAGUGAACCACUUUGAUUAUCUUAAUAAUGCCAGAGUUGCAAUUUCGGAUUUGGGGUUGUUCAAGACGGAGAUUACUCAACCUGAACAAGACAGUGAGCAUUAUGAUGGAUUGACCACCAAAAUGGCAAAAUCUAAGCUCAAUUCUACUCUGAGACAACUGGACAUCUAUCCUGUUAGCUAUAACUCUGAAGGCCAAGAAAACUCAGAGAUAAGAGAGCUAAUGAAAGGGAAUAUCAAAAUCAAAUUAUACCCUUCUGGAGGUUUAGAUUAGACAUGUCCAUGAGUGAGUUCCCUAAUGUUGAUGAUAUCCGACUCUAAGACUAAAAAGAAUAUACUUGCUUAAUAUUCAUGCUCUAUAU